CGUUGUCUGGCCCAUUAACAAAGACCUCGUUCUCGAAUCUCCAUCUCCUUCGCAGGCCACUGCGAAGACGAGAGAAGGAAUCGAGACAAGAGAAACUCGAUCAUCAUCAUCAUCAUCAUGUGGUUCGAGAUCGUUUGUGGCCUCGUGAUCUACAAAGUCUUCACCCGCUUCAUCUACGGCCACGAUCCCAUCCCCGAUCUUCCCUCCGACUCCGACCUCUCCUUCUCCCUCGCUUCCAGGCUUGAGAGUAUCUAUGGCGGCAAGAGCUUCGUCGGACUUCGGAUCCCUGACCCGGAGACCAGCACUCGCCAGCACAUUGACGUCGUACUUGUCACGAAGAAGGAGGUGAUGGUUGUCGCUGUGAAGAACAUUCGUGGGUUCGUUGAGGUUGGGAAGGAUGGAGACUGGGUUUGCGUUGGUGAUAAGAAGCAUAAGCCUGAGAGUUUCUCGGAUCCGGUUUUGGAGGUGAGGAGGCAAGCUGAGGCUCUUGAACUGUAUUUGGAGCAGAGGGGAUUGCCUUUGCCAAAAGGGGGCGUGAUUGGCAAAGUUUUGCUUCCAAAUCCUGAAUGCAGGCUUGCAUAUAAGAUUGCUAGUCAGCCAGAGAUCAUUUCUUUUGAUGACUGGAGUGAUCUUAAGCCAGAACCCAAGAGUAAAAUUUCAAGCUGGAUAAAAGAUGCAUUUCAUGGAGGAAAAAGUGAUCCGCAGGAUGGGUUUUAUGAAAAGCUUCAUUUUAUUCUCAGCACAGCACCCAUGUGGGACAGGUUAGAGCUUAAAGGUGACAGAUUCAUUCUUGGUGAAUUCAUGGAAUUUAAGGGAACUCAAGGUGAUAUGCAAGCUUUGAUCAAUGUGAAGAGAUCAAAAGUUAGCAAGUUCAUAAUCCAAAGUUCAACUAUGCUUGGUUUAGGUAGAUCUAGGGUUCAGGUACUGUAUGCACCCCGUGAUUACCGAAGCGAAGGGUUGUCGGCUUCAGAUUGGAAAGAGGUUGCUGUUAAGCCAAGUACGGAAGUUUUAUUUCAGCCAAGGAAUUCUAAAAAAGUCAAGAAAUUAAGGAUCACAAGCAUUGUUUCUGUCUGCCUUAGUGCAUAAAAAAUGUUUAAAUCUUAAGUUAUGAGGUCGUAAUAAGACUGAAAUAUCCAAGUUGUAUAGCAAACUUAUUCAGUGUCCACAGAGCUGGUGCUCCCGAAUAUACAUAUGAUCAAAGAUAUAUUUUGCCUUGAUAUCUUGAAAGGUCUUACAAA